AUGGUUGAUGCGUAUCGUAUUCAAACGGUAAAUGGUAAAAGAGCAGAUCGCUGGUUAUAUGAUUAUGCUAUGAAGCCGAAAGUGGUAAAAUCUAGCCGUGAUAAACAGAGUUAUAAUCUGUAUAGUGUACAACGUUAUGUCAAACCGUUUGUCGAGCGUAAAGAGGAUGAAGAGGAUGUGGUUUAUCAUCAAGAAUAUGUUAUGUUGGAUGACGACGAAAGAGAGAACCUUUUUAAGGAAAUUAAGAACAAACAGAGUGGUAGAGGUAGAGGGCGAGGACGUGGUGCAGUGCGUGGGAGAGGUAUGCAUAGUGAUCGACCUGGUAAUAGGGAAGUAGAAGAUGAUAAUCCAUCGUUAAAUGAAGUAGCGCAGAAAUCAUCACAAUUAAUUGGAGUAACACAGCCUAUAUUUAAAGAUCUGCCAUUAGAUGAACAUAGUGAAGAUGAGUCUGAUACUCAGACAUCUAGGCGUAGUUCUUUUGAAAAUCAAGAAGAGAACGUCAAUGAUUUGGAGGGAGAAGAUCAAAACAAAAAAGGAGAAGAGCUUGAUAAAAAUAAGGAUAAAACUAAGGAUAUUUACGAUUGGGGUAAUUUGGUUGAUGAGUAUGAGGAAGAAAUAAAGGUAAUGAGUGAAGAUGCGGCCAAGAAGAUAGUUGCUUUAAAUGAAUUAGAUGAUGUAGGAGAAGCAAGUAAUGCUCUGAUUAAAGACGUACAAGAGAAGAAAAAGGUGAUAGGUAAAGAGAUAGCAACUGGUAAUGAUGUGGUUGAAAUUCCAAAUUUGGUAAAGAAGGUGUGUGUAGAAAGUAUCGUUCAAGCAAUGAUUGAAAAUGGAUAUGAGUGGCGCAGCAAGCAGUAG